CAAACAAAACGAGAUCCAUGGCAAAAUGUCAUUCCUUAACGUGCUCAACAAAGAAAAUGAAAUAAUUUUAAAUACUCCAAAGCGCAAAGAGCUACUAAAAGAUGGUCCUCCAUUGAAUCAAAUGAAAUGUAAUCUAUUGGGCAGAGGCGCCUAUGGCACGGUUAUAAAGGCCAUUUAUAAAGCAAAACCCGUGGCAGUAAAAAUUAUGAAAAACCCCAAAGACAUCAACAAUCAAGUGAUGCUAAAUGAAGCGCAUAUUUUAAAUUGGAAACAUCCGAAUAUAGUACGACUACUUAAGAUUGAAUCAACUCCGAAUUUUGCCAUCAUCAUUAUGGAACGUUUUAAUGGCGAUUGUUUGCAAAUAAUUUUAGAUACCAUGGAACUAUCGGUACUGCAUCGAAUAAACAUUGCUAUGGACAUAACAUCGGGUCUGAUGUAUUGUCAUAAACGUGGUCUACUUCACAUGGAUGUGAAACCACAAAAUGUCAUGAUAUCCCUUAAUAAAUUUCAACGGAAUAUUGUCAAAUCAAGUCUGACCCAAAGGCUGUAUGUGUGUAAGCUGUGCGAUUUCGGUUCAUCGUUAAAAAUUGGAAAUGAAAAUCAAUGUGUAAAGGGAUUAGUAAAGGGAACUCUUCGCUAUAUGGCACCGGAGGCAUUAAAAGAAGAAUAUCUAACACCAGCCGUAGAUGUUUUCGCACUGGGCAUAACACUGUGGCAGAUGAAACAUCGCUAUUUACCCUAUCAUUGGUUACAGUGUAAUGAUACCGUGGCAUAUCAAGUAGUUAAACAUCAAUUGCGACCCAAUUCAGUGCAUAAUGUCGUCAAUCCGAAUUACAACAAUACAAACAUGAAUAGAUUCAAAUCAACCACAAAUGAACAAUGUCUAUGUGAAAAUAUGAAUCAGCAAUUUUCACCACAAUCUAUAGAAGAUUUACGUAAAAUCUUACAAUGUAAUCAAUGUGAAUUAAUUGCCGACUCAACACCGAACAAUGAACAAAAGAGCCUCAACACCAUAACAAAAAGAAUCCCCCUAAAAGAGCUGAGUAAUAAACAGCAUAUGAAAAAAUUUGGAGUAAAACGUGAUUUACAAAAUGAAUUCGCUCCAAAUGAAAAUUUAAGUUUGGCAACGGUAUUAAGUCAAUCCAUUGGCCAUUUGGAUGUCAACAAAACAUCGAAACUUGAACAACUCUAUGAAGAGUUAUUUAAAUCGUGCUGGCACGAUGAUUAUAAGCAACGGCCCACAGCAAUGCAGUUAUCGCAACGUUUCCGUGAAAUUUUAUAA